ACGCGAUGCCCCGCUUCUAUGGCCGGGGGCAAUGGGACCCGAAGCUCAUCGGGCUGCAGAUCGUCUGCAUGCAGUGCGCGCAUUACAUCGGCCUCGGCGUCCUUCUCGGGCUCUGCCACGGGGCCCACCUCUCGCUCGACCAGUUCUUCUCGUACGACCUCCAUGCGCUCGAGAGCAUUGACGGCAUCAAGACGUCGUUUGCACACAUUACGAGCGGCCUCGUGAACGCCGUCCUGCUCUGUUACUUUGUCGAGCGGGCGAAAAAGUGCUUGGACUUUGGCGUCACGCUCUAUGUGCUCGACCUUCUCGUGUGCUGCUUGUACAAGGGCUUUCCGUCGACGUGGAGCUGGUGGAUCGUCCAUGGCGUCGCGCUCGCCAUCACCGUCAUCCUCGGCGAGUAUCUCUGCUCCCGACGGGAACUCGAAGAAAUCCCCAUGUUGGAUCUCUUUACCCGCCGCGGCGCGCCGUCGCCACGCAAAAAGUCGACGCAAAUGGAGUAGAGUCAACACGAGUUGUUGUCUUGAGUCGCAUGGUUUUUGAGAAUACAAGAAGAAAAACACUUAAAUAGAGCCGAGAAAAGCCC